AUGGCGGGAGUUCAAGCCUUUCGAACUGUGAAAAUAAACGUGAACUACGAGCAAGAUAAAAAGCAAGGUGCUCUUAUCAUCGAAUUGGACGAUAUUGCAGCUGGUGGUUUACUUCAUAGAAUUCAAGAAAACACGCGUCGUUACAUCAAAAUGUUUUACGAUGUUAUUGAUAAAAAAGAAAAUAGACUAAUGCCUGCACCAGAAAGAGAAAUUGAUUUUGAUGAUGAUGUCAUCGACGUAAUCAUGCAACAUCGAAGAGACAGAGAUAGCCGAAGUUGCGUUGGCCAUUUAGUGACUAUACAAGGCAUCAUUACUCGUGUUUGUGAUGUAAAGCCAUUCUUAAUGGUUGCUGGGUUUUCAUGUGAAAUGUGUGGUGAAGAGGUGUUCGAAGAAGUGACAAAAAAAACUUAUUUGCCACGCGUUGAAUGCCCAUCAGAAUCUUAUGCAAGAAUUGGUAGGUCAAAUUAUUAUUAUUAUCGUUUUUUAAACACUAUGUUUAGGCCUUCGCAUGAACCAGUAAGUCCUGGGGAUGUAGUAAAUGUAUCUGGAAUCUUUCAAGCAACGCCACAUUAUGGGUAUAAGGGAGGAAAUACUCUACUGACCGAUGUUUACCUUGAAGGUCAGUAUGUUCAUCAGCUCAAAAAACAAUAUGAUAAAAUGGAAAAAAUUCCAGAAAUUCAGGAAAAGGUAUACAAACUCGCUAAGGACCCCGAGGUUUAUACUAAAUUAUCGAGGAGUAUCGCCCCGGAAAUAUAUGAUGGAAUGAAAAUUCGUGGUGAUUUAAAUAUAUGUUUAAUGGGAGAUCCAGGUGUUGCCAAAUCGCAAUUACUCAAAUACAUAUGUAAAGUAGCACCACGAGGGGUAUAUACUACUGGACGUGGCAGUUCAGGCGUGGGUUUGACGGCAUCAGUAGAGCGGGAUCCAGUGACGAAUGAAAUGGUACUUGAGGGUGGCGCAUUGGUUCUUGCAGAUAAUGGUAUUUGUUGCAUCGACGAAUUUGAUAAGAUGGAAGAUACUGACAGAACAUCCAUUCAUGAAGUGAUGGAACAACAAACUAUUAGUAUCAGCAAAGCAGGCAUCACAACUACAUUGAACGCACGUACGUCAAUUCUUGCUGCUGCGAAUCCACUUUAUGGACGAUAUAAUCCAAAAGUAUCUCCAAGUCAUAAUAUAAACCUUCCUGCGGCUCUUUUGUCGAGGUUCGACAUUCUGUUUUUGAUCUUGGAUAGGCCGGAUAUGGACGAAGAUGCAAGGUUAGCACAUCAUGUAGCAUACGUUCACAUGCAUGGUAAGCAACCCCAAACGGGUACCGAAGUGCUGGAUGCAGAUACGAUCAGACAUUACAUUGCUGAAGCUCGUAGUAAACGACCAGUUAUUCCAGAAGCGAUAGCAGAACAUAUGGUCGAUACAUAUUGCGAUAAUCGACAAGAACAAAAAAUCGCAGAAGCACGAAAGAAAGAAUUUACUUAUACAAGUGCUCGUACGCUUUUGGCAGUGAUUCGUUUAUCACAAGCAUUGGCGCGUAUCCGACUCGAAGAUGAAGUCAAAGAUGCUGAUAUUGAUGAGGCAUUAAGAUUACUUAUGGUAUCAAAGGAAUCAUUAAAUGAUCCAGCCGACAGAGAUUCUAGAACUGAUAGAUCACCGACAUCCGCUAUUUAUGAUAUUAUUAUAUCAAUUUUCCGAAGAAGUAGAACUAAUGGUACGCUUCAAUAUCUCGAUAUCAAAGAAAGAGUGAUUGCGCAGGCAUUUACAGAAGAUCAGUUAAAGGAAUGUAUCAAAGAAUAUGAAGAAAUUGGUAUUUGGGCCUUGAAUAGUGAGCAGACUAUUUUGUCGUUGCUUCAGGAUGAUCAGUUUGAAGACGAUCAGAACGAAAAUAAUGACUUAUAA